AGCUGUGUGUAUAUAGUAUAUGGUGCAGAGCUGUGUGUAUAUAGUAUAUGGUGCAGAGCUGUGUGUAUAUAGUAUACGGUGUACAGUUGUAUAUACAGUAUACAGUGCAGAGUGUUGUGUAUAAAGGUUCAUGGCUCUGCCUGACUCCGCCCACCCAUGUGACUGGUCACAUGACAUGCCAUCAGGUCCUUCAGCACAGGCUCCUGUAUACAGGUCAGGUAUGUGGAGAUUCCUCAGUUCUCGGUGUCGCCCUCCUGUGGAUGUUUUCUCCCUUGCAGGCUUCUGUAGCUGCCGUCUGUUGCCAUGGAUCCUAUUUAAGAUACUUUUCCUGACUGACCCUUCAAGGAUGGAGAAGGACAGAGACAAGAUGGCGGAGAGGAUAAUACACCUCACCAUAGAGAUACUCUUCCAGCUUACCGGAGAGGAUUACACAGUGGUGAAGAAGACCUCUAGGGGGCGCCAUCAGGCCCCUGUGUGUGAAGGAUGGGGAAGAACCCUGAGGCCAAUCCCGGGGCCUCCACCUCACUCCCUGAUACAUGAGGAGAUGAAUGAGCAGAAGAUCCUAGAACUCACCAACAAGAUGGUGGAGCUGCUGACUGGAGAGGUUCCUAUAAGGUGUCAGGACGUGGCCGUCUAUUUCUCCAUGGAGGAGUGGGAGUAUUUAGAAGGACACAAGGAUCAGUACAUAGCGGACAUAGUCAUGAUGGAGGAUCAGCAGCCCCUCACAUCAGCAGUCAGAUCCAGGAAGAGAAAAAAACCAGAGAGAUGUCCCCGUCCUCUUCCUCCAGAGGAUUCUUCAGAAGGAGAUGACAAUGUCCUCCAGGAUUAUCAGCUUAUGGAUCAGAGUAAAGAUGUGAAGAACAUUAAUGCUCCAGACAUAAUGGUGAAAGAGGAGACAGAUGUGAGGGGUGAUGAUCCGUGUACAGAGGACGUCCCUACAGCGCCCCCGCCAGAUGAAUGUACUGGGGGUGCCGAGGGGCAUCAGAUGACUUUGGAUUAUAAAGAAGAUGUUCGUGGUGUCACACAAGAUAUAUAUGAAGAACACGCCACCAUCUCAAUUAAACACGAAAAGCUAUCAUCUCAUACAUAUGAGUCAUCACAGACUGUUAAGCAAAGCGAGAGUCACCCAAGUGUCGGUGCACAACAAAGAGCUCACGUGGGGGAAAAGCCUUUUUUAUGUGCAGAAUGUGGGAAAUGUUUCACCAGAAAAUCAAACCUUGUUCACCAUCAACGAGCUCACAGAGGGGAGAAGCCUUAUUCAUGUUCUGAAUGUGGUAAAUGUUUUAUAGGAAAAUCGAUACUUGUUAAACAUCGGAAAAUUCACACAGGGGAGAAGCCUUAUUCAUGUUCUGAAUGUGGCAAAUGUUUUAUAGAGAGAUCAAAAUUUGUCGUACAUCAGAGAACUCACGUAGGGGAAAAGCCAUAUUCGUGUUCAAAAUGUAGCAAAUGUUUUACAGGUAAAUCAGAACUUGUUAGACAUCAAAAAAAUCACACAGGUGAGAAGCCAUAUUCAUGUUUAGAAUGUGGGAAAUGUUUUAUAGAUAAAUCAGAUCUUGUUAAGCAUGAACGAAGUCACACAGGGGAAAAGCCUUUUUCAUGCGCAGAAUGUGGGAAAUGUUUUGCCCUGAAGUGCAAUCUUGAUGCACAUAAGAGAAGUCACACAGGAUCAAUGCCAUUUUCUUGUUCAGAAUGUGGAAAAUGUUUUUUGCUGAAAUCAAAUCUUGUUAGACACCACAGUUCCCAUACAGGGGCAAAGCCAUUUUUAUGUUCAGAAUGUGGGACAUGUUUUAGUCUUAAAUCAAGCCUCGUUUACCAUCAAAGAAUUCACACAGGUGAAAAGCCCUUUUCAUGCCCAGAAUGUGAGAAAUGUUUUGCUCAAAAAUCAAAGCUUGUUGACCAUCUACGAACUCACACAGGGGUAAAGCCAUAUUCGUGUAGUGAAUGCGGUAAAUGUUUUAUACAAAAAUCAAAACUUGUUAUACAUCAGAGAAUUCACACAGGGGAAAUGACAUUUUCAUGUUCUAAAUGUGGCAAAUGUUUUGUAGAGAAAUCUAAAUUUGUCGAACAUGAGAGAAGUCACUUGAGGGAAAAUCAUUUUGCAUGUUCAGAAUGUGGCAAAUGGUUUGCCCUCAAAAACAGUCUUGUUAGACAUCAAAGAACCCACACUCAGGAUAAACUAUUUUCAUGUUCAGAGUGUGGGAAAUGUUUUAUACAAAAAUCUGAUCUUGUUAGACAUCAGAGAAUACACACAGGGGAGAGGCCUUUUUCAUGUUCAGAAUGUGGGAAAUGUUUUACUCAGAAAUCAUCUCUGAUUAGCCAUCAAACAUCUCACAAAAGGAAAGCAAUUUUUAGUACUGUAAGAAAUCAGAAAUUAAAUCUUGUUAAACGUCAGAUGAGUCACAUAGGGGGAGGAGCCAUGGUGACUUCAUGUUAUUUUAUAAAGUCCCUACAAUCCAGGAUCCUCUCAGCUGAUUCUUCUAUAGAAGAGAAUAUUCCUGAUCCACCAUCAAUGAUGGAGAAGGACAGAGACAAGAUGGCGGAGAGGAUAAUACACCUCACCAUAGAGAUACUCUUCCAGCUUACCGGAGAGGAUUACACAGUGGUGAAGAAGACCUCUAGGGGGCGCCAUCAGGCCCCUGUGUGUGAAGGAUGGGGAAGAACCCUGAGGCCAAUCCCGGGGCCUCCACCUCACUCCCUGAUACAUGAGGAGAUGAAUGAGCAGAAGAUCCUAGAACUCACCAACAAGAUGGUGGAGCUGCUGACUGGAGAGGUUCCUAUAAGGUGUCAGGACGUGGCCGUCUAUUUCUCCAUGGAGGAGUGGGAGUAUUUAGAAGGACACAAGGAUCAGUACAUAGCGGACAUAGUCAUGAUGGAGGAUCAGCAGCCCCUCACAUCAGCAGAGAGAUGUCCCCGUCCUCUUCCUCCAGAGGAUUCUUCAGAAGAAGAUGACAAUGUCCUCCAGCAUUAUCAGUUUUGGAGCCGACGUGAAGAUCUGAACAUAAUAGUAAAAGAGGAGACAGAUGUAAGGGGCGAUGACCCGUGUCCAGGUGACCGUCCAGAUGACUGUACCAGGAGCUCAGGGGAACAACUGAUAUCUUCAUAUGUUAAAGCAGAUGAUGGUGAUCUCGCACAAGAGCGCAGCAUUAUCUCAGACGUACCCUCAGCCCUUCACACCAAAGAUUUAUUGUAUGAUACUAUACAAGACUCAUUACCGCAAAAGAAAAGUCAUAGAAGAGAUGCUGGGGUGAAGCCAUAUUCAUGUUCAGAAUGUGGGAAAUGUUUUAUCCAGACAUCAGAUCUUGUUACGCAUGAGAGAAGUCACAUGGGAACAAAGGCAUUUUCCUGUAUGGAAUGUGGCACAUGUUUCAACCAGAAGUCAGAUCUUGUUAGACAUAAGAGAACUCACUCAGCGGCGAAGCCGUUUUCAUGUUCAGAAUGUGGGAUAUGUCUUUUCCAGAAAUCGGCUCUUAUUACUCAUCAGAGAACUCAUACGGGAGAAAAGCCGUUUUCGUGUUCAGAAUGUGGGAAAUGUUUCAACCUGAUAUCGGAUCUUAUCAGACAUCAGAGAAUUCACACAGGGACAAAGCCGUUUUUAUGUUCGGAAUGUGGGAAAUGUUUUAACCAGAAGUCCAAUCUUGUAAGACAUCAGAGAAGUCACACAGGGGAGAGGCCGUUUUCAUGUUCAGAAUGUGGGAAAUGUUUUAUUCAGAAAUCAAAUCUUGUUAAACACCAGAGAAUUCACACAGGAGUGAAGCCAUAUUCAUGUUCUGACUGUGGGAGAAGUUUUACUCAAAAAUCAUAUCUUAUUAAUCAUCAAAGAACUCACAUAGUGGAGUAGCCAUUGUCGUAUUUUAUUUUUGACAGAGAGUACCAGGAAGAAUGCAAAACUGUUAGAGCCAAAGUAAAGUCUAUGUUCUGGAAGAUAAUUGAUGAUAAAGAGAUUUCUGCUAUUACCAAUAAACAUCUGUAAUUUAAA